GUUGAGAAAGAGUGAUUACGGUGGUGUGGGAUCGAAGGAAAGAAAGAAUAUCGGUGAGGAGUGGAAAGGAAAUUGAAAGAAGAAUCGAACAGAAGAAGUUGGUAGGGUUUGUGAAGGUGAUCGUAAUCGAGAAUUUGAUAGAGCGAUGAGUGAGAGUAACGGGAACAGUAGGAAGCCAAAUGUUGAAGAUCAAGAUCUGGGAUUGUAUUUCUUGGAAGCGUGCAGGGGAAGGGAGAUGAGAGAGAGGGAGAAGGAGAAGGAGAAAGAGGAAGAGGAGGAAGAGGAGGAGGCGCCGAGGGAGCUCAACACAAUUAACAGCUCCGGUGGCUUCGUGGUGGUGUCAACGGACAAGCUGUCGGUGAAGUACACCAACGUCAACCUUCACGGCCACGAUGUCGGCGUCAUUCAGGCCAACAAGCCUUCUCCUACCAAGCGCCUCAUCUACUAUUUCGAGAUUCAUGUCAAGGAUGCCGGCGUCAAGGGUCAAAUUUCCAUUGGCUUCACCUCCGAGACAUUCAAGAUGCGAAGGCAGCCAGGGUGGGAGGCCAAUAGCUGCGGCUAUCAUGGUGACGAUGGUCUUCUUUACCGUGGACAUGGCAAGGGGGAAGCGUUUGGUCCAACCUAUACGUCUGGUGAUGUAGUUGGUGCCGGAAUUAACUACGCUGCGCAGGAAUUCUUUUUCACUAAAAAUGGCCAAGUUGUCGGCUCUGUUUACAAAGACUUGAAAGGCCCCCUUUUUCCUACUAUAGCAGUUCAUAGCCAAAAUGAGGAGGUGCAUGUUAACUUUGGGCAGAAACCAUUUACUUUCGACUUAAAAGAAUUUGAAGCACAAGAAAGAAUGAAGCAGCAACUGAAAAUAGAGGAAAUUUCUGUGCCACCAAAUGUCAGUUACGGCAGAAUUGUCCGCUCCUACCUGCUGCACUAUGGCUAUGAAGAUACAUUGAAUUCAUUUGAUGUGGCUAGUAAAAGUACUGUUCCUCCUAUACACAUAGCUCAAGAAAGUGGAAUUGAUGAGCAGGAAAUAACAUAUGCGUUGAAUCAUAGAAAGACCCUUCGGCAGGUAUAUUUUUUCAUGGAACUAAAAAACACUAAUUAAUAUUAUAAAUUCAGUUAUUAGAACCUUUUAACUGAGUUAAAUUCAGCAUUUUAUAUUUUAUUGUUCAUCAUCAAUGUCAUAUGCUUCCCUACUUGAAGAAAGCUAUUGCUGUUGGCCAUGGUAGUUGAAUCUAGAUAUAAAUUAUGUAUAGGAAAGCUUAUAUUUUUAAUCUAUGAAUAGUAAUAUUCAUAA